AUGCGCAUUCGACACAUGUGCCAGUAUGGAUACCAAGCUCACUUGGUCAGACACAGUCUGGAUUGGCCAUGCUCAACGCGGACCUUUUUUUUGAAGUCCUUCACAAAAGAGACUCUCUUUGUAAAAACCCUUCACGAUCUUGACGUUUAUGCAGCAGAUCCUGCCGCAGAAAUCCCCACUUGUCUCAGGGUGUGGAUUGAGCCGGGUGGAGUGGACAUCUCACACAAGGAGGAUGAAGAGUGGUCGGCCAUGCACGUCCACAACGUGUCAUGGGUUGUCAAGAUCCAUCCUGAAGAAACCUUCAGGACACUCCAAGCAUGGGCACGUCACUAUGCGACGGAUACUAUGCCGCAUCUCAUAAAAGGCGAUGCUUCGCAUCCGUACUCUCAACUCUAUCGAGCAGCUCUCGGGCAAGCUUUGGCCUCUUUCAUUCACACGCAUGGAGGCCAGCUUCAGUAUGACACCAUGCAAAUUGUGCAGAAGCAGUGGGCAGAUUCCCUGCGUACUCGUUUGGACGAGGCAGCCAAGCCCACCAAAAUUCAAGGUGUUCAGAAAGCUGUUCACGUGAUAGAGGCCCAGGGGGUGAGAAUGAUCCUCACACCCACAGAAAAAGCCUACAAGAAAGUUGAAGAUGAGAUCGUUGAAGUCCCUCUGAUAAACAUGCUCACCACCUAUGGCGCGGAUGAUUCUGCGGUGACGAAAACCAUCUCGACGACUUUUAGUGGGGGCAUCAGCUUUCCUAGCACACCUCUAGUAUCAGCCUCUCCUGCACCUCCACCUGGUGGCCUUUGCCCCACUUGCGGAGGCACAGGUGCCACUGUCGGUACUUGUCCUUGGACUGGACAACCGGAAGUCAUUGUGGACAAUGAGACCAUGAAGGGGCUGUUGAUCACGCCUUCCCUGGGUCUUCUGCCCAGCGAAGUGGUCGGCUUCCUGGCCGUGGGGUUCCUGAACGUCCUCUCCUUCCCGCCGCAGCUGUUGCUGCUGCGGCGGAUCUAUGCAGCCCGCGCGGAGCAGCUGCAGCCAUUGAAGGCGGCAGAGGUGCAACGAAAGGCGAAUCCUUUGGCGCCUAAGGGCGGAGCGUGGUCUACCUGGUUCCACCAUCCUAGUGGCAUCCAGUUCCUGGGCUUGUCCUACUCUCUGCUGUACCUCACCGUGCUGUCGCCGCAUGGCGCCUUUCUGACGGCGCACCUGGCACAGCGACGAGUGCCCAGCUACCAACUGUCGCUCUUGAGGGGAGCCGGUGCUUUGUUGGGCGUCCUGGGAUUGCUAGCGCACCCGCGCGCCUGCGAGCGUCUGGGCCACCGCAGCGCGGAUGGCCUCUUCGUGUCAUGGCUCAGCGGCUGCACGGUGCUCGCGCUGCUGGCCUUCGCGCAGGCGCCUGACACGGGCCCAACCUCCGCCCUGCUGCUCUUCAUGGCCUUGGUGUGCCUGGCUCGACCCGGCCUCUAUGGCUUCGAAUUGGGCGUCUUGAACACCGAACAGGAGCUGUCCGACGCGCGGCAUCGGUCAGCCAUAGGCGCCGUGGAUUCUGCCCUGACAUCCUUCGCCACACUGGUGAUGUAUGGCUCGGGCAUCCUGCUGAGAAGUCCUGAUCAGUUCGGUAUCUUGGUGGACUGUUCCACCUUUUUCGUGACCUUGGGGGCGCUGACCUACCUUCUGUGGAUGCUUUUGUAUCAUUCACACCGACACAGGCGCGGUGGGCAGUUGCUGGAUGUGCAUCUGAGUUGGUACUUGGUUCAAAACCCAUAUAUAACCCAUAUAUAA